AUGGAUAGGGAGAAGACUACUUCAGCCUCUGGAAAUGAUGACUGGACCACAGUAUCCGACCCCAGAGAGAAAAAGAGGAUUCAAAACCGAAUCGCGCAGCGUGCUCACCGUGAAAAGCUGAAACAGCGCCUUCAGGUGCUUGAGAGUCUGGUCAAGGAGAAGAAAGAGUCGCCCGCCAACGAACAUGAAGCAGGGGACAAACGCUCGCCAAGCAUGCCCACAACCCCAGGACAACAAUCAGCACCAUCGUCAACGGCGCCUCCUCUGAGCUCAGCCAGCACUUCUAGAGAAUCCGCGUCUCUUCUAGACGGACCCCCGACGCAGUUUCCAGAAGUUGCCGAGACCAUGUGGCGUUUCUUAGCCCGCACGUCACAGAAUCCAUCUAUAGCCGCUAGUCCCGGUGGGCUUUUCAACGAUACAAGAGUAAACGACACUCAUAAAGGACUGGCACCGGGAUGUUUCGACCGUACGGAUCCACUCGUCGCUAGAUUCGACGCACCCCCAGACCAGAUGCUUGGAAUGAUGGCUCCGGCCGAGAUACCCAGCUGGAACAACGAUAUUGCACUGAGUUAUCUCUCUUCCCCGCCAGAAACAGAAGCUUUUCAACGCCCCGCCUACGCUGAAGAACCUGUGGAUUUCCGUGGUGAGCACUUCGUUGGGAAUGGGACACCGAGAACGCCACACGAGAUGUUUGGCUCCGUAACAAGCAGCGCAUCUCUGUGUGAGAGGCUCAAUUGUUUGAGAAAUUGCGCGAAGCUUCUUGGAUUUAGCAGCCUGGAUGCAGUUCUCUCCCUCUACUACACAGCCGACCUGAGCGAGUCGCCCACACUCUCGAAAGAGCAGCGCGUGAGUCGUGAACGACGGCUGCCCACCCUCCUCUCCGAAAUCAGAGACCAUUCCAGCCUUUGGAGCAGAUGGGAACAAUCUGGUUUCAUCGAAGAAAUACUGAGAGGUGCAGAAUACUGUUACGUGGAGGAAGUCAAGCAAGGGAGGAUUGACUUGGACGCACAAAUCAUGGGAACCCUCAAUUGCCCAUUGAUGAUAGAAUCUGUGCCCGAGAUUACAUGGAGUUUGCGAGACAAGUACCCACGCCUAUGGGCCUUGAUCACGAACAUUUCUGUGCACACAGCGCCGGAAGGGGAGCAGCAACAUCCUCAUGGCGCAUUCGCAUCCGUGAUGACGAUCUGUCACCCUAUGAAGCCUCUGCCGCCAGCGGUUUUUGCAUUCAAUCAGCGCAAGGGUACUCCAUGA